GAUCUGUUGCUGUUUUAGUUCCGCAUUGAAAUCUGAUUUUAACCUUCAAAUAAACGUUACAAUACGUUUUAAAAAAAAUCUUAUUAAGGUUUAAAAUCCUCCCAGGAUGAGUCUGUCUCUAAGAAAUGAACUUUCAGCGGAUAAAACGAAGCGUAAGAAGAGACGGGAGCUCACCGAGGAUCAGAAACACGAAAUCAAAGAAGCUUUUGAGCUGUUUGACACCGACAAAGACAAAGAAAUAGAUUAUCAUGAGCUGAAGGUGGCGAUGCGAGCGCUCGGCUUCGAGGUGAAGAAAGUCGACGUCCUGAAGAUCCUUAAAGACUACGACAGAGAGGGAAACGGGAAAAUAACAUUUGAGGAUUUCAAUGAAGUUGUGACCGACCGCAUUCUGGAGCGAGACCCGAAGGAGGAGGUCAUGAAGGCCUUUAAGCUGUUUGACGACGACGAAUCAGGAAGGAUCAGCCUGAGGAACCUGAGACGAGUCGCUCGAGAGCUCGGGGAGAACGUCAGCGACGAGGAGCUGCGCAGCAUGAUCGACGAGUUCGACACUGACAGAGACGGAGAGAUAAACCAGGAGGAGUUCCUCACCAUCAUGACAGCAGACUCAUGAUGAGCUCUGAGCGAGUCUGAGGAAGUUUUUACCGACGCUGACGACAAACUGAACAUCUGUCAGUUUGUGCACGAAGAGCGACGCACAGCUUUCUGUCGAGGGUCUGAAGCCAACUUCAAUUCAUCCUAAAAUUAAAAACACAAGAGGAAUUGGACCACGUUGUGUUUCCAGAAGUCGAGCUGUGAAUCAGACAUUGUAAAUAUCAUGCUGGUCUUUACUUAAAUGUGCUAUAAGUGUCUUUUUUAUUUCAAUUAAACGGUGUGAAUUCACCUCAAAGUGCUAAAGUGUAUAACAGUGUAUAACCAUUUCAGACUUUGAUAGAUUUGAUGUCUUUAGUCUCAUCUGAUGUUCACUUUCUUAUCAAUCCUUCUUAAAUAACUGUUAAAUGUUCAAUUAGGGGCCAAUUAGUAAUUCAGUAAUUGUUUCUAUUGUUCAUUUCUGAAUUGAUUCUGUCUGUGUAUUUUUUUUAAGGAGAACAACACUGGUUGUGUUUGCCGUUUACACAACAAGUGAAUGUCUGAAUGUGUUUUAUUUAUUUUGUAUAAAAUAAAUCAGUUUGCCAGGA